AACGACGACUUCGAUGCGUAUGGUAUGUACGUUGCAAAUCCAUUGCACAAGAGCAACAACGGCAGCUUCGUUGGCGAUGGCAGCGCUGGUGAGGGCUCGGUGGCAUUUGACUACGGGGCACCACUGUUGCCGACAGCGCCACAGCAGCGCAACAAACCCGUGUACGAGAAUGAUUUGCACCGUCCACACGCGCGCGACUGCCACCAUACUGGCGAUGCUGCUGUUGGCUAUGGUGAUGUGGAGGAGCCAUAUCAGAUUCCGCACUAUGCAGCGUGGUACGGGCGUGCACAGCCCCAACACCAGCAACCCCAACACCAGCACCAGCAGCACCAACAGUCGCAGUCGCAUGGGCACACGGAUGCCGACGGAUAUCUGAUUCCUGUGCGGGCGUGUGAGGUGUCUGAUUACGCGGCGCUGUCUGGCGACCACGUACGAUACCACACGACUGGAUACUGCGAGGUGCCGGCAAAGGGCGAUGCGCCAGACUACACAUACGCCUCCCACCACACGUCGCAUGGCGGCGGGAUUGAUGAUGACGAGCAGUACGGGGUGGUGGCACCACGCUCACACCUGGAUGGUGGUGAUGAUGGUGGUGGUGGUGGUGGUGAUGAUGGUGGUGAUGGUGGUGAUGGUGAUGAUGGUUACAUUGACGGCUCGGACCUGCAGGAGGAUGAGCCCGUUGAGAUUUACGGAACACUGCAGUGA